AUGCUGUGGUGCGUGAGCCUCCCACCUGAUCUCGCAUCCCGGGCACUGCUCAGCGCCUCGCAUUAUCAUCAGGCGUACGGCGGUGGUCCGCUCUCAAAGAAAGCUGGUGACAGGCUCAUCGACGCGGGUGUAACGUUAGUCGCGGUGUAUGGUGGCACCGAGUUCGGUGCUUCCUCGUCAGCAUUUGACUAUGAGCGCGACGUUCGCAUGAACCCUGCAGGUAAGACUCGCGAGGAAUGGCAGUGGAUCCAGUUUCCCACGGACCUGGUGAACAUUCGCUGGUAUUCGUGCCAUGCCCGACUCACUAGCCCAGCAAGGAAAACCUCACAAAUGGCGAGAAAGGCUAUGCGGCCUCGGACCUUUGGGAGCCACACCCAACCAAGCUGGGGCUUUAGCGGAUGUGAGAAGAGCGUACCGAUUCAGCAAGAGACCCAUGUCGGUGCACAUCUUUGGGUUACUGGGGUGCUCAUGUUCGUUCGGGGGCGUGAGCAGCCCAGCGUGAUAAUUGAACAGACGCCCGAGUACGCCGUUCGGGCGGGCGACCAGGGCCAUCUAGUCAACGUGAGAAACACUGUCAGGCGGCAGGUUGAGGACGCGAAGGCCCCAGCACCGGCCUUCGCGCGCAUCUUCAAGGAGAUGAUUUUGGUGGCUGAUCCUGCACGGCCAUUUUCACGGGCUGCGAAGGGGACGAUCAUGGGGAAGCAGGUCCUUGCGCUGUACGAAGCGGACAUAGACGCCUUGUACAACGUCAUCGCGGAAAGCAGAGACGCACAUGGAAUCGUGCCUCCGAAGUCGUGGGCGUUCUCAGAUGUGGAAAUUUUCCUCCGUAAAGCUAUGGUUCAUGGUGUUGACCAUCGGUCGUUUGUCGUCAGCUUGAGCGCCGCAUUCUUGCGAAACCGCAUCGUCGGUGCCCUUCGCUCGUCAUCUGAUCCCUGUGCUGUUCAUGCCGCGCGGGCUAUACAGUCCAAUCUCAUCUUCGCACACCCGAAGCUCUCAUCGCUUGCACGCCUCCAGGAGAUAGGCUCCACUGCCGAAGACAUCGAGACUUUGGUGCAGAAGUAUGCAGCACUUCUCCCGCGAGAUCCUCUGGAAGAGACACAAAGGUCAUCCGGGAAAGGACCGAUCGUGUUGGUCACUGGCAUGACGGGGACUCUCGGGGCGCAUUUAUUAGCCGAAUUACUAUCCAAUUCGCAGGUCGAACAUGUGUACGCGCUCAACAGAGGCUCAGAGCUGCAUGAACGUCAGCUUGCUGCAUUCAAUGCGGCACAGCUUCCAGCAACCGUCGCGUCUAAGCCAAAGCUGACGUUACUUUCCAGGGACCUUGACCGGGAGGACUUCGGUCUGGACGACGCUCUUGUGGAGACACUUUGCGCGACGGUAACGCACGUCAUGUACGACGCAUGGCGGGUCCAUUUCAACCUCGCGUUGUUGUCACAAAUCAAAUCCGCGGUUCAGCUAGCCACCACUUUCGCGACCGCGAAGUUCUUCACAUCGUCCGUCACGAUCGCACAAGCAUGCUCAAGAACACGGUCUGAGCCUGUGCCUGAAGUGCCAGUUGAGAAUCCUGCGGUCGUUGUUGGCUCGGGUUACGGUAGCUCCAAGUAUGUCGUGGAGGAGGUGAAUGAGAAGCUUCCUAAUAUGCUGGGCACUGCGAGCAAACUCUGGCAAAGGUCCUCGCUCAUGGGCGGAGGUCGGAUCUGUGGUUCUAGGAAGGGCGGGGCGUGGAGCACGAAAGAAUGGGUACCAAUACUGGUCAAGUCCAGCAUCGCACUGGGUUGCUUUCCGUCCGUGCCUGGGGUCGUCUCUUGGGUGCCGAUGGACAUUGCGGCCCGUGCAGCGACAGACAUCGUGCUGGGCGACAAUGACGUUGAUGUUGUCAACAUUGUGCAUCAUCGACCGGUCAGAUUCGACGAGGUCCUGACUGCCAUUGUCGCUGAGCUACGAAUUGGAUUGCCGUUUGUAUCGAUGGAACGCUGGGUUCAAGAGCUGGAGAGUAAAGCUCACAACCCAUCGGUGAAUGACGUCGAGGGCAUACCUGCCAUGAAGCUGCUGGACUUCUUCCAAACCUUACUGCAAACUCUGCAAGGCAAUGACAAUGCAGAUGAGACGGAAGUGUAUGGAAUACCCUUCUUCGAGAGCGAGAAAGCUCGAGAAGCGAGUACGGCUGUCUCAUGGGUCCCAAUCGACAUGGCCGCGAAGGCAUUGGUCGAGUUCCGCACUGCAACAGCGAUGCCGGCUGUAGUUCACCUUGUGCACCCUCGUCCGGCGCCCUGGUCAAUGCUUGCCACCAACAUCGCGUCCGAUAUCUCUGUUCCUCUGGUUUCGUAUGCCGAAUGGCUGUCCAAGCUAGGGAAUAUGGUCCAGGAAUCGCACGACGAAUCACUUGCGGAGGUCGAGCUUUUGCGAGACAUGAGGGCCCUUCGCUUACUUCCGUUCUUCAAAGGACUUGCGCCAUCCACCGGAGGAGACGCAUUGGGCUUCCCCCGUCUGUCUGUGGAGAGGGCAAAGGCUCUAUCGCCUACGCUAUCCGCUGGACGCCCUCUGGGCGUCGAUGACGUCGGAAGAUGGCUUAGGCACUGGCGUGACGUAGGCAUGGUCCCGGAUUCGAACUAG